UCGGAACCAAAAAUUAGUCUUGGUACUUCAUAUUCCAACUCUAUUCCCUUAGGGCACUCGGUUCUUGUUAUGAAAGAGCGAUAACUAGUUCCUACUAUUAAUAAAAGUGAGUGGGUUUGACGUCUGACAUCAGACUCCAGGGAUGAUCACAUUAUCUGAGCUUCAAACAUUCCCGCUCUUUUCCUGGGCUCCCAACAUCAGUGCCCGAGCCCUGUAGAUGCAGUAAGCGUCCCAACAAGCAUCCUCAAUCAUUGAUCUUAGUUUCUAACUUCAAGUUGUGAGGUUAAAUUCGUGAGAGUGUCGUAAAAUCGAGUUUGUAUAUGAGUUGUCAUUGAAAAUAUCCACUCGUUCAGACAUGGAUUGGUGUUCUCAAACCGACCAAGACACAUUUUUCAGCAGUAUUAAGACAUUUUACGAUCAUGGAACAUUCACUGAUCUAGAUAUUUUUGGCCACGGUCACGACAAAUCCUUCUCGGACAGUAUUCGUUGUCACAAAUUGGUCCUAGGAUCUCUGUCGGGUCUAUUUCAAGCGAUCCUUCAAGAAGAAACGGAUCAAAUCUAUUUUCCUGAUGUACCACAUGAGAAUCUGAAAGGAUUCAUUGAUGCAAUUUAUGAGAAACUGGUCCUGGACUUGGAUCCAACUUGGGAGGAUUGUGAUCAGAGUAUUGUUCAACUAUGGACCAUACCUUUAGAUAUUGGGAAAUGGAUAGCUAUUCCCGAAGUCAAAGUGUCUGUCAAGUCAGACAAAGAACUGGCAACCCAACCAACCCAAAGGAAAUCAAGAAAGGUUUCGAAACCAGCAUUGGAUAUUUUCAAAGUGGGCACUGGGUCAUCUAAGAAUACAACGGAAGAUUGUUCGACUAACCGUGAGGAUAACCUCGAGAUCGACGAUGAAGCCCUUGCCAGCCUCCAAGACGAGUCGAUUGAUCCAAAUUUUGACUACGAGGCCGCUCUCAAAGACGAUUUGGUACAAUCCGAAGAAGCUAGACAUCAUGAAGAUUCCCACCAUGAUGACCUUGACGAGGAUUUUGAUGAGGAUGAAAACGCUCCCACCAAGAAGAGUCGAGUCCAGAGUCGGAAAUCCGCCGCUAAAAGCGCCAACAAACGAACCCACACCAUGCAUAAGAAUAUGCAAUUCGUCAAUAAAAAAGGGGAGAGAGGUGUGUAUUGUGUGGAGGCCCUUCACGCCCAAAUCAUCAACCGGGAAGGAACUCUAUCUAUAAGUCAUACCAGUGCUCCUCUGAAGGCGGCCGCAUCCUCUAACCACAUUCGAGACCUGACGCGAGUCAAGAAUGUGUUUCAUGUGCUCAUUGGGAUCAGGGACAACCACGAGAUAUUUGAGGGCAAACCUCUGGCAUGGACCAGGCCAGAGUCUUCAAGUCAAGUGGUGGAACAAUUCGACGAGUGCGUGAAUGUGUUUUCCCACGUGUUUGGGCUCAGCGAGGCCGAUUUGAUAUCCGGGCAGCAUUUGCUAAAUGGACAGGAUGGCAAGACUCCCAUGAGCUACAUUUCAGAUAUUCAGAAGCGAUUGUUUAAUAAAUCGACUCGAUUUGACCUGGAGAACGAGCUCAAAGAUCCCGAGAUCUUGCAAGCGCAUGCCCGACCUCAAAGAACUUUUAAGGAACUGGACAUCCCCCUUAACGACUGGACCAUUGACCUGCACUCUCAUGUGUCUUUGUUUCAUGAUGUGGUAUUAGUCAGUAUUCAUAAGCACGCUAUCGAGUGUCGUCAAAUCCAUUUUGUGCAGAAUAAUCCCGACUUGUUUGGAUCGAUCCUUACUCGGAUUCUCUACUUAGUUUGGAGUGGCGGCCUACAAGGAUCCAAGAUCCCACGAAAUGAUUACAUCAUCGACAAGUACCUGCACAUGAAACGGAUUACUUACAGAAAUAAGACGGCCAAGAAGCUCCUCGCCACCGAAGGAGAUCUUCCUAGAAAGCUACCCACAUUCACCUGCGACAUUUGCGGAGAGACUAUCCAGGAAAACGCCCAUGGGACUAAGAGAUCCAUGCACAAACGAAAGCAUAUCAUUCAGAACAUGGAGUGUAACUGCCAAUUGGACAAAUCCGGCUUUGACGAUAAGAAGCGCCACUACAUCCUGUUCCACUCAGGGUGGAACGUGGAACCAUGUCCCAUGUGUAAAUGGGUGGGUUCCAAAGAAGCCUUGGAGCGACACAAAGCCGCCAUGCAUAGCGAGGUCAUGUGUGACGAAUGUGGAAAACUUUGCUCCAAUGCCGAGAAAUUAAGCAGUCAUCGACGAAGCAUGCACAAGAUGUACCAAUGUAAGGAAUGUCUCGAGGAGUUUGUCGGCUUCUCGAAGCUAAAGUAUCACAUUGGGAGGUUCCACUCGGAGAAUGUCGAGCUUCUCGAGAUGUACAAAGAGAAGGUCAAACCCGAGAGCAAGAAGAAAAAACACCCCAAGGUUCCCGAGAAAGGCGUGUUUCCUUGCGAGAAAUGCGGCAAGAUCUUCAAAUUCGAUCAGAGUCUCAAGUCCCAAUUGAAGCGCAAUCACGGCACCGAGGAAGACAUGCCCUUCCGAUGCAAAGAGUGUGGCAAAAGGUUCUUCGACAAGCCCAAAUUGAAGUAUCAUCUCAUGAACGUGCACAUCCGUAGCCGGCCUUUCAUUUGUCGCUAUGAGAACUGCCAAUCUGACUUCAACAAUCAAAGCAAUCUCCGACAACACGAGGUCAAAGUCCACGGAGCGCUCAUGGGCAAAGUGGCCAGCAUCAACAACUACGUGUCUGAUGAAAUGAUGUUCACACUCGCGGAAGUAGUGCACACCUCUUAUAAUCAUCGGACUGAAUGGAUUUAACAAUGCACUAAAUAUAGACACAUUUAUACCAUUUCAAAGAUUCCCGCCUUUUUCCCCUCCUCUGUCCUGAGUCCUGACAUGAUUGCUUUUG